AUGACGCGCGCGCUGCAGGACGUGGAGGACGCCCUCGCGGACGCCCUGCAGGGGAUCGGCGGAUGGGAACCCUUCCACCAGGGGGGUGAAGACUUUGCCGGCGGCGGCGGCGGCGGCGGCGGGGGCGGUGGUGAUGAUGACUGCCGCUCGGAGGGACGCGGGCGUGGUAUUGGCGCGUACGCUGCUUCUGAGGGCCGCCGCCGCGGUGGCGGCGAGGAGGAGGGCCCGGAGCGAUGCUGGUUUUCUCGCCGCCCGGCAGCGGCGGCGGGGGAGGGCGGCCGGGCGGCGUUGAGGUCGCCGGGAAGGUCAACAGCGGUGGCGGCGGCGACGGCGAUGGGGGAGGCGCCAAGGACACCGACGACGCCAACGCCGGGAGGCAGAGGAGGAGGAGGAGGAGGAGGUGGUGGUGUUUCGGUCUCGUUCUCGGACGGAUCAGUCUUGCCCGUCGGGAGUUGCAGGAGAUAUGGACGGGGGGAAGGCGGCGGGGGCGCGGUUCCAGCUGGUUCUGCGGUCGAUGCGGCCGCCAUGGUGGCCAGGCUUGAGCGAGUGCUGUCCCGAAUCAUGCGGCGGGUCGACGGGGCGAGAGGGCUCAGAGCGUGGGUCACGGGCAAGGUCGAGAACGCCGGCGGCGACGCCAUGGAGGGCUUGCGAGAGAUACGGGGGCGGUGGGAGGCGGAGCUGGGACGCCUGCAGGCGGCGGAACGGAAGCUUGUCAGGCUUCAGGAGCAGGCCAAGUAUGGUGGUCGGAGAGCGGCCCUGGAUGCCCGGGAGGAGUGCUACGCCAAGAUCGAGAGAGUCGAGCAAGAGAAGUGGGCCCUCCGCGACUCCCUAGUCUCGGAAGAGCGCGAGGUUGAGGUGUUGCGAGCGCACCUGAAGCGGUUGAAGGAUGCCACCGACAAGGCGGCGGUUUCCGCUGAGAGUGACUACCGCGCCGCCUGCCACGAACUGGAAGCGGAGAGGGGCCACCGCCAGCGGCUCCAAGAUAAGACGGAGUUGCUAGAGGGCAAGGCGUCUCUGCUGGAGGAAAGGCUCUCCGCCCUCUCGGAGCAAAUCGACCGUUACAAAACGGAGGCCCUCCAGCAGCAACAGGACAAGGACCGCCUCUUGCGAUCCCAGGAAACCCUACAGUCCCAGCUCAAGGAAGAGGUCCAGAGCGUCGAGAAAGCCCGGAGAGAGUUCCUGUCGAACUCUCAGGAAAUUUCCCGCGGCCGAGACAAGGAGAGAGAGCUCGAGGAGCAGAGGGACUCCGCGGCGGCGGAGGCGGCCAGGUUGACCUGCCUGCUGGAGGAAGAAAGGAGGGCCAGGCGGGAAGAAAACGCGAUGGGCGAAGCUGUGCUGCGAGAAGUCCGGGAGACGCAGGGUCUCCUCGGCGAGAUGUCGCCGCAUCGCGGGGAUCCUGCGGGAACAGGACCGUUCCGCGGAUCGGUCCUAGAACGGGGGUCGUCAUCGGACGGGGACGACCCUUCGUCAGCUUUGGGGCUGCAGGCAUCGAAGCUGGAGCGCAUCGUCGCUGAGGCUUCGGACCUCAUCAGGCGAACAGGCCACUUCUACGACCGCUACUCAGAGACGCACAAGAACGCCGGCGGCGAAAAGAACGGCGACGACGAAGCUUCCGAGAAACUUCCCGGGAGCAACAGCGGCCUCCCCGGAAACGAUGCCACCGCCGGGCGGUAUCAGAACCGCGGAGCGGCAACGGGUGCUGGCCAAUCAGAUCGCUACGAAGGCCGGCAUCGCGCCGCGAGUGCGGAAGCGGCGAUAGAACGAUCGUUCGGCGCCAACGGCCGCAGUCCGGGCGAUCCGCCCCCCGGUGUCUUCUCGCCGCAGCAACCUCCCGCCGGCGGGGGUCAUCAGCCCUGGAGAGGCCGAGAAGAUUCUUGGAAUUUUCUGGACCGAACCUUGGAGCACCGGCACUGGGUGGAGACGGGGCCUGCCUUGAGGGAGCUGGAUCGGGCGUGUUACUCCUUGCUUGAGUCGAAUGCGCAGCUGUGCCUCAGGAUUCAGGGGCUCGGGCUGGAGUACGCCGGGCUCACUCGGGAGCUGAUGGCCUCGGGGGGUGGGGAGCACUGCUUCUCAAAAGGCUAUAGGCUAGUUCACCCUCCCAGAAACGGAGCGGCAUCGAUCAAUAUAUCGAGUGGUCAGAAACCCGCAAGAUGGCAAGAGACCGUGAUGAUCACCAUGAACAUGAGCGAAAAUUCCCACCAUGCCCUCAGCACACAUGGGUAUAGCGACCCGUCAGCGGCGUAA